AUGGACACCUCCUGGGUCUGCGUGCUCCUGUCCUUGGCCAUCCCGCUGCAGCUGGCGGCUGGGGGCGGCUCGCUGAGGCCAGGCGGGCCGCCGCGUGGGUGCCCGGCGCACUGUCAGUGCGAGCCCGACGGCAGGAUGCUGCUCAGGGUGGACUGCUCAGACCUGGGGCUCUCCGAGCUGCCCUCCAACCUCAGCGUCUUCACCUCCUACCUAGACCUCAGUAUGAACAACAUCAGUCAGCUGCCCCCGAACCCCCUGCACAAUCUCCGCUUCCUAGAGGAGCUACGCCUUGCCGGAAACUCUUUGACAUACAUUCCCAAGGGAGCAUUUGCUGGUCUUUACAGCCUUAAAGUUCUUAUGCUCCAGAAUAAUCAGCUAAGACAAGUACCCACAGAAGCACUCCAGAAUUUGCGAAGCCUUCAGUCCCUGCGUCUGGAUGCCAACCACAUCAGCUACGUGCCCCCCAGCUGUUUCAGUGGCCUGCACUCCCUGAGGCACCUGUGGCUAGAUGACAAUUCUUUGACAGAAAUCCCCAUCCAGGCUUUCAGAAGUUUAUCAGCUUUGCAGGCCAUGACCUUGGCCCUGAACAAAAUACACCACAUACCAGAUUAUGCCUUUGGAAACCUCUCCAGCCUGGUAGUUCUGCAUCUCCGUAACAAUAGAAUCCACUCCCUGGGAAAGAAAUGCUUUGAUGGGCUCCACAGCCUAGAGACUUUAGAUUUAAAUUACAAUAACCUUGAUGAAUUCCCCACUGCAAUCAAGACACUAGCCAACCUUAAAGAAUUAGGAUUUCAUAGCAACAAUAUCAAGUCAAUACCUGAGAAAGCAUUUGUAGGCAACCCUUCUCUUAUUACAAUACAUUUCUAUGACAACCCCAUCCAGUUUGUUGGAAGAUCAGCUUUUCAACAUUUACCUGAACUAAGAACACUGACUUUGAAUGGUGCCUCACAAAUAACUGAAUUUCCUGAUCUAACUGGAACUGCCAGCCUGGAGAGUCUGACUUUAACUGGAGCACAGAUCUCAUCUCUUCCCCAAACUGUCUGUGAUCAGUUACCUAAUCUCCAAGUGCUAGAUCUGUCUUACAACCGGCUAGAAGAUUUACCCAGUUUUUCAGUCUGCCAAAAACUUCAAAAAAUUGACCUCCGACAUAACGAAAUCUAUGAAAUUAAAGUUGAAACUUUCUGGCAGUUGCAUAGCCUCAGAGCUCUAAAUUUAGCUUGGAACAAAAUUGCUAUUAUUCACUCCAAUGCAUUUUCUACUUUGCCAUCUCUAAUAAAACUGGACCUAUCGUCCAACCGCCUGUCAUCUUUUCCUGUAACUGGGUUACAUGGUUUAACUCACUUAAAAUUAACAGGAAAUCAUGCCUUACAAAGCUUGAUAUCAUCUGAAAACCUUCCAGAACUCAAGGUUAUAGAAAUGCCUUAUGCUUACCAGUGCUGUGCAUUUGGAGUAUGUGAGAAUGUCUAUAAAAUUUCUAAUCAAUGGAAUAAAGAUGACAACAGCACUGUAGACGACCUUCAUAAGAAAGAUGCUGGACUGUUUCAUGUUCAAGAUGAGCGUGACCUUGAAGACUUUCUGUUUGACUUUGAGGAAGACCUGAAAGCUCUUCAUUCAGCACAGUGCUCACCUUCCCCAGGUCCCUUCAAACCCUGUGAACAUCUGCUUGGUAGCUGGCUGAUCCGAAUCGGAGUGUGGACCAUAGCAGUUUUGGCACUUACUUGCAAUGCCUUGGUGACUUCAACAAUGUUCAGAUCCCCUCUGUAUAUUUCCUCCAUAAAGCUGCUAGUUGGUUUGAUAGCAGUGGUGAACAUGCUCAUGGGGGUCUCCAGUGCUGUGCUGGCUGGCGUGGAUGCAUUCACUUUUGGCAGCUUUGCACAAUAUGGUGCAUGGUGGGAGAAGGGGGUCGGUUGCCAAGUCAUCGGUUUUCUGUCCAUUUUUGCUUCAGAGUCAUCUGUUUUCCUGCUUACUCUGGCAGCCCUGGAGCGUGGCUUCUCCGUGAAAUGUUCUGCAAAAUUUGAAACAAAAACGUUUUCCAGUUUGAAAGCAAUCAUUUUGCUCUGCUUCAUGCUGGCCCUGACCAUUGCCACCGUGCCCCUGCUGGGCGGCAGUGAGUACAGCGCCUCCCCGCUCUGCCUGCCCCUGCCCUUUGGGGAGCCCAGCACCACAGGCUACAUGGUUGCUCUGGUCUUGCUCAACUCCCUUUGCUUCCUUGUGAUGACCAUUGCCUACACCAAGCUCUACUGCAGUUUUGAAAAGGGAGACCUGGAGAAUAUUUGGGACUGUUCAAUGGUGAAGCACAUUGCUCUAUUGCUUUUCACCAACUGUAUCCUUUACUGCCCUGUGGCCUUCUUGUCCUUCUCCUCUUUACUAAACCUCACAUUUAUCAGUCCCGAAGUAAUUAAGUUUAUCCUUCUGGUGAUUGUCCCACUUCCCGCAUGUCUCAACCCCCUUCUGUACAUCCUCUUCAAUCCACAUUUUAAGGAGGAUCUGGGGAGCCUGGGAAAGCAAAGCCACUUUUGGACAAGGUCGAAACACUCAAGCCUCAUGUCUAUUAACUCUGAUGAUAUUGAGAAGCAGUCCUGCGAUUCAACCCAAGCCUUGGUAACCUUUACCAGUGCCAGCAUAGCCUACGACCUGCCUUCCAAUUCCAUGUCAUCAUCAGCUUACCCAAUGUCUGAAAGCUGUCAUCUUUCAUCAGUGGCAUUUGUCCCAUGUCUCUAAUUAGGAUGUGAGAGAAAAAGUUUUCAAAAAUUGAAAACCCUAAAAAUGUGAGAUUAAGUACAUCAGGAGCAGUAGCUAAGAAGAACUGAGUUUAAAUGUAAUAAUAAAAUCUCUCAGUGUGAAACAGCUGAAAACCUAUUGAUACUUGAGAGUGAAAAAUAAAUCUAAAUGCUGCUCAUAUAACUAGCUCAGUUAAGAGAUAGACCAUUCACACUACUUAGGUAAGCCCAGAUCAGAAAAGCAGAAUGAAAUGUUUUUCAAAAAAGAUGCCCGUGAUUUUAAAUGAAUGCUCUUUAAACUUAUCAAUCUAGUGAUUUGGAAAAAAGAAACACAAGCACUUCCUCACAAAAUGGGUUUAUUUAAACCCCAGAACUCCUUAAGAGAUGAUUGAAAAAAAAAAAAAGACCAGGAAAAUAAGGGUUUUAAACGACCUGUAUUGGUAAGUAAAUGUUGUGACCUAGAGUAUUUCAUUCUAACAACCAAGUGGAGCUGUUUUAGUCCCCCUUUGCCUUUCCUCAGGGAGCACUGGUGGCACAGUGGUUAAGCGCUCAGCUGGUAAUCAAAAUAUUGGCAAUUCAAACCUACCAGCUGCUCCAUGGGGAAAAGAUGUGGCUCUCUGCUUCUGUAAGGAUUUACAGACUUGGAAUCCAUAUGGGGCCUUUCUCCUCUGUUCUGUAGGGUCGCUAUGAGUUGGAAUUGACUCGACACGGGUUUGGUUUUUUUGGUUUUGCCUUUCGUCAGACAGGAUCCUUUCAGGUCACCGAAGCCCCGGAUGAAUAAUGUAAGGCAUUAUUAACUCACACACAUUCAGAUCAUUUUUAGAGAUACUGAGUUUUGUGUAUCAGCACUAGAUGUUUCCACUCUCAGUGGAAUAAACCUGCUCACAAAUAUUUUGAAAGGAAAAUAAACUUAAAAUCUUAAAUUACCUUGAAAGCAAUCAUGCAUAGGUGAGUUUUGCCUUGUCUAAUUCAUUUUUAGCUGCUUGGUGCCCAAAGCUUAGAAUAGAAGUUCAUUGCCUGCAAUGGACAUGCCUAGGAAAAAAAAUGGCAAGCAACCUGGGAUUUGUGUGUGUGUGUGUGUGUGUGUGCGUGUGUGCAUAUUUUUUGCAGGAGGUUUCAUCAGUUGAUUCAAACUAAUGUGCAUCUUAAGCUAAUGAUCAAAUGCAGAAACUUACUGACGUGACUUCUUAUACGUGUGUCCCUAGUAGCUCUGGCAAUGAUGUCUGACAUCACUUUGGACUCAACAGAGACCCAGUAACAUAUUAUCCUGUUUAUUUAGCUGUGUUCUCUCUGGAUCAAUCCACUUGAUGUCAGGAACAUUACUUCUCUGCUUAUUCUAUAUUUAAUACAUGUGUUAGGUAUUUUAAAAGGCAAAAUUAUUAAAUAUUAAAAGUUGAAGAAUUAUUUCGUAGCUUCUAUUAUCCUACAUUAGCUUCAAUACAUCCAAACCAAAAGGCUGUUAGGUAGAUUUAUUUUUAUAUAAGCAUGUUUAUUUUGACCAGAUGUUUUAAACUUGGAAUUGAGAUAAAAUACAUUUAUGAGAUGUUUUAUAAGAUUUGUAAAUAUAGAACUGUAUUUAUUACUAUAGUAAAGAUUCAGUAACACUAAGGACCAUGAUAUGAAACCAUGUACAGUGGCGUAUUCUUCCAUAUAUAUUGCAUUUCUCUGUUCUUUUUCUUUAAAUUCAUUAAUUGUAUAUAUGUAAAUGUAUAGUACUUGUAAAUAGAUUCCAAACUUGCUUUUCUAUUGGGUACGAAAUAAAAUAAAUUUGUAAUAAAAUGUGUGACUCUAAAACAAAAUAUUUUCAAAACAUCUCUAACAACCCCUGGGUUGUUUUUAACUAUGACUGGGUAAGCCACUUUGUUAUAACAUUGUUGUAGUUUA